AUGCACGUAAACGGCGAUCCGACAACAAGGGCCAUCAGACUUCGAUUUUGUGUCACACAGUUGACCGCUCUUUUCAUCUCCCGAAAUGCGAGCAUCUGCCGCAAGGGGAGAGAAAAAAAACUUCCUCUUAGACACGCCAACUUCUCAAGCAUGUUACUCCUAAAAACCAAUACGCUUCUAGCCAGCCUAGACAGCGAUUGGUGUGAUCACCGCGAAUCUUCCAAUCCCCAUGUCGAUCGGAACGUCUUUUCGCCUCUUAAGACACUGAGCAGGACGGAUGACAGCAGCCUUCAUGCAGUGCAGCGUUCAUCACAUCGUCUAUCGCGACAAUUCAACCGCGGUCUUGUCAAGUCAUCCCCACAAUCCAAAUACGAGGGACCAAUCGGCAAGCCGCUCCAUUCUUUGAGAUGUCCUGACGUUCUCCUGACAUCCCCAUUUCGUCUCGAUAUUAAUGAUUUCGUUACGAUUGACCUUGCAGCACAAGACAACAAGCGCCAAUUCGUCUGCGGAACAUCUUGUGUGCCCGUGCUCAAACUUAGUUUUCUUCAUUAUUUAGCAAAGAAUCUGGACCAUCGCGUCUAUGACAAUAUGAGGGCGCAUGAUCUAUUUUCGAGCCCUUUUCUAGGCCGACAUCAAAGGAAAGGAGUGGCAAAGGGAGAAGUGGAGGCGAAACGCACAUGCUGCGCGGUUAUAGCAAUGCUUGCCGCAAGACUGGGAUUCCUUUCCCAUGAUUUCGCAUGGACAAAGGGCAAAGUGAUCCCUUCGGCGGAUCCUACAUUCGACCUCGAAAUGAUGGACCUCUGA